GCGUGAUGACGUCAUCGCUGUCCGCGUCCUUCUUGGUCCGAGGGAAACAUGGCUUUCUUCACUCAUCAGAUCAGAAGAGGUUUCUCUUCCUCGAUUAUCAAGAACGGCGUCAUUAAAAAUGUUACGAUUAUCGGAGGGGGACAGAUGGGGGCCGGGAUUGCUCAAGUCGCCGCUUCAACCGGCCACACUGUGACUCUGGUGGACACUUCGGAAGACAUCCUGAAGAAGUCGAGAAAGGGGAUCGAAGGAAGUCUCAAAAGAGUCGUGAAGAAGAAGUUUGCAGACAAGCCAGAGGCAGGCGAGGAAUUCAUCCAGAACGUCCUGCAGAACGUGUCCAUCUCUACAGACGCUGGAGCUUCGGUUCAGGCUGCAGAUCUCCUGUUGGAAGCUAUAGUGGAAAAUCUAAAAGUCAAGCAGGACCUUUUCGGUCACCUGGAUAAGCUGGCACCAGCGAACACCAUCUUUGCCAGCAACACCUCCUCCCUCCCGAUCACCGACAUCGCCAGCUCCACCAGCAGGCUGGACAGAUUUGGCGGCCUUCACUUUUUUAACCCCGUCCCCAUGAUGAAGCUGGUGGAGGUUGUUGGAACGUCAACCACCAGCCAAGAGACGUUUGAUUCCCUCCUGAACUUCAGCAAGGCGCUUGGAAAAACGCCGGUGUCGUGCAAGGAUACACCCGGAUUCAUCGUGAACCGUCUGUUAGUCCCUUACAUGAUGGAGGCUCUCCGGUUGCAUGAGAGAGGUCACGGAUCCAAAGAGGACAUUGAUAUUGCCAUGAAACUGGGUGCCGGUUACCCCAUGGGCCCCUUUGAGCUCUGUGACUACGUAGGCCUGGAUACAGUGAAGUUCAUCAUAGAUGGUUGGAGUGCAAAGGAUCCCCACAACCCCCUCUUCGCCUCCAGUGAGUUACUCAACAAGCUGGUGGCUGAGGGCAAAUACGGCAAAAAGACAGGAGAAGGGUUCUACAAGUACAAGUGAUGUGACGAGGCUGAGCGGUUCUCUCUGUGAGAACAAGCAGAGAUCUUUAGAGUCAAAAGACUGUUAGGAGAUUCACACUAAGAAGUGCCUGGGGUUUCUGUUUGGUUCUCUCACUGACAUGUUCAUGUCUGAAUAAAAC